UACAGUGGAAGGCUGUGCCUCGAGUACGUCUACCCGAGUAUCCACUCGAGCGGUUCACACUUGUAUGUGGGCCUCUACUUGUAUUCUUACACUGGUAAAGCUGAACUUAGCCAUUAUUUGUCGUUUUAAUAUCGGCUCAAGUAUAUACCAAACACAUUGAACAGUGCUUUCGUAUUACGUUUGUACUGUUAACGUUUAUGUCGUCAACAGUUAAGGAAACAACAACGCCCACCUGUGGUAAGGCGACAGUUAACAUAUGUUCCGUGGUUUAGGAAACACGAGGUUUUGGUGACACGUAAGAAAUGGAGGUAUGCUUGUUUUGAAGUAGUACACGGAGAUACACGAGUGAUAUAUGAGGUAACUUGAAGCAGACGGAAACUCUUUUACGCGGAAGCGAAUGUGUUUGGACUUAUGCGGUUCAUCCAUUUUUAUAUGUAGUCUGUUCACAGUUCCCUUUGACAAACUGUGAUAGUUGUCUUUAUAAAAAAAGACUAGUUUGUAAACCGCUGAACUACACGAAACAGACAUGAAGAAAUUGACAUUAUUUUUACUGGGAUUGGGAAUAGCAGUGUAUGUUCUGAUAGGGGGCGCUGUGAUGAUGGCGUUGGAAUCGUCAAACGAAUCGGACACGAAAACCACCUCAAGAUCCACCUUCACCAACUUCUUAGCAGCUCAGACGUGUGUGUCGUCUGCGGAGCUCGAGACCUUCGUCAAGGCCGUCAUUACCGCGUAUGACCAGGGUAUCAUCGCCACUGAACAGACAGACAGCGCCUCGCUCUGGGACUACGUUAACUCCGUCUUCUUCUCCAUGACGGCCGUCACAACUAUUGGAUAUGGUAAUCAGACUCCAGCCACAAGUGGGGGUCGUGCCUUCAUCGUGGUAUUCGCCCUUAUAGGGAUACCUUUGGUCGCAGUGUUUCUGUCCGGGAUUGGGGAUAAAAUCGCGGGGCUCACAAAGUCAUUCCAAGAGAAGCAAUUCUCUAAGAACCACGAAGUCGCCGAGCAUCGUCUGAAGGCUGUGAUCAUUCCAAUUACCGGUCUGGUUAUUUUACUUUUCGUACCGGCCGCCAUUUUCUCCGCCGUUGAGGAUUGGAACUACGGCGAAGCCUUGUACUAUUGUCUAAUUACUCUAACAACGAUAGGAUUUGGGGAUUUUGUAAUUGGUACUCAAGACGCCACCUACCGGUUAGCAUAUCGUCUGCUCACGCUCAUUUGGAUAAUGUUAGGACUGGCAUACGUGGCAGCGCUCAUCUCCCAAGCACAGGCCAUGUACACACAAGUUACGGACAAAAUUGACACAAAAGUCCAAAAGGAUGACGACAAAAAAACAAACCACGAAGGUAGCAAGACAAAGAUCGUUGCUGCAAACGGCGAGGAGGGAAAACGUACCGGAAUCACAGAACUUUGAACAGUUGCUGGA